AGGUUUUAUCGUUCCUCGAACGCAGCACAGCUCCUGUGGUUUAAGCUAAGCUAACAGGACUGAAAUACAAACCCGCUUCAUUGUCGGGCAGCUGAAACACUCCAGGUGAGUUCACGGAGGCUCGUUUCAGUGUCCCCGCUUCAGGUGUUCGGUCAGCCGGUUCUGCUCACGUUUCUGCUCCGGUGGAAACACAUAGGAGCUGUUAAAGAACUUAACACCGACCAAGAAGGCUUCGGUUAGCCGAGGGAGGCAGCCAGCGGCGGGUUAAAGCCCCUCCACGGCUCCGUCUCCUCUGAUGGCUCUAACUUAACGGAGAACGUCUGCUUUCAAGCCGAAUCGGACCGCGGUGUGAACCAGUAUAUUUAGUCCGAACCGGACCCUGAAUCCUGAACCGGACCGUAUCGUCAGCCCGAACCGGACUGGAUCAGCUGUCGCUUCUUCACAUGCGCUGGUUUUCUGUCUGCGGUUCUGGACCCAGCAGCCCGGUUCGCACCGACGGCCCUUUCCUAAAUGAGCCAGUCUCCUGGCAACCAGGCACCAAUCAGCACGCGAGAUCUCUCUCUGUAGUAACCACGGUGUGGGGCGUGACCAAUCCCACACACAGCCAGGUGUUCGGUGCACCCAUGGGCCCUGGUGAGAGCUCUGGAGGUCAUAUGAUGCCAGGUGGCAGCCCUGGUAUGGGUGGCAGCAUGGGCUCCCAGUUCCUGGGCCAGCAGGCAUACGGAGACUCUGUGUCUAAAGGCUACAGCCAGCCAGUCAUGUACGGCAGACCCAACCCGGCCUACAAUCCAGCCUCGGCUUAUGGAGGAAGUUACUCUGGUAACAGUGGAGGUGCUGGUCUUGGCGUUCGCCCCCCUUCAGACUUCACCCAGGCUGCCGCCGCCGCCGUCGCCGCUGCCACAGCAACUGCCACGGCCACCGCAACUGUGGCAGCAAUCCAGGAGAAGCAGAACCAGGAGCUGAGCUACGGCCAGAUGAGUGGAGCCUCUUCCUACGGCACUCAGUUUCUGUCCCAUUCGGGGCCCCGGGGCCCCCAGGGGAUGAACCCCGGGGGUAUGGUUCCCUCCAGGCCUGGACCGCCACCUUCCACUGGAGGCUUGUAUGCAUCUCAUCCUACACAGAGUCAAAGGAUGCCUCAGCACGGAGGAUAUCCAGGAGGACAGCAAGGCCUCAAACGGCCCUUUCAUUCAGAGGGUUUUCCAGGCCAGCAGUAUGGUUCCGGGGGGAUGUCUGGGUUCUCUAACCAGCCUCUGCAAUACCCCGCUGGCCCACAGCAGAGAUGUGCACCGUCGCCCUCUUACCCUUCCAGCCGGAUGCCCCACGUGGGACAGUACACUUCUGGAUCUCACAAUCCAACACAGUUUCCUGCUGGUGCCGGCCAGCCUAAUCCUCCACAGUAUUAUAAGUCAGAGCCUUUCAAUGGUCAGGGCAUUCUGCCGUCGGGUGCAUCAGGAGGAUAUAAUGCUUUCACACAGGCUGCAGUGAACGGGCCAGGUCGAGGUGGAGUGAUGCCCGGAUAUCCCAGCUCACCAAUGGGAGGGAAUCCUACCCCACCCAUGACCCCCGGUAGCUCCAUACCUCCCUACCUUUCUCCAGGACAGGACACCAAGCCCCCCUAUCUGCCACUGGACUCCAAACCCAACAUCAGCAGCCAGCAGCCUCCAACAGGUAAUCCCAGUGAUGACCUGCGCCUGACGUUCCCGGUACGAGACGGCGUUGUGCUGGAGCCGUUCAGACUGGAGCACAACCUGGCUGUCAGUAAUCACGCAUUCCAGCUCCGAGAGUCCGUCUACAAGACUCUGAUAAUGAGACCGGACCUGGAGCUGCAGUUUAAAUGUUACCACCAUGAAGACAGACAGAUGAACACUAACUGGCCUGCCUCUGUGCAGGUCAGUGUUAAUGCAACUCCUCUUUCGAUUGAAAGAGGCGACAACAAAACCUCCCACAAACCUUUGUACCUGAAGCAGGUGUGUCAGCCGGGCCGCAACACGGUGCAGAUCACUGUGACGGCAUGCUGCUGUUCCCACUUGUUUGUGUUGCAGUUGGUUCACCGGCCGUCUGUCAGGUCUGUCCUGCAGGGUCUGAUGAAGAAGAGGCUGCUACCAGCGGAGCACUGCAUCACCAAGAUAAAACGAAAUUUCAGCAGUGGCACAAUCCCCGGGACCCCCGGUCUGAAUGGAGAGGACGGGGUGGAGCAAACAGCGAUCAAAGUGUCUCUAAAAUGUCCGAUCACGUUCAGACGAAUCCAGCUGCCAGCUAGAGGCCACGACUGCAGGCACAUACAGUGUUUCGACCUGGAGUCUUAUUUGCAACUGAACUGUGAAAGAGGGACGUGGAGAUGUCCUGUGUGCAACAAAACAGCUCUGCUAGAAGGUCUGGAGGUGGACCAGUACAUGCUGGGGAUCCUCGUCUACAUUCAGAACUCUGACUACGAGGAGAUCACCAUCGACCCGGUGUGCGGCUGGAGGCCGGUGCCUGUCAAACCCGACCUUCACAUGAAGGAGGAGCCCGAUGGUCCGGUCCUGAAACGCUGCCGCACGGUCAGCCCCAGUCACAUGGUCCUGCCCAAUGUUAUGGAAAUGAUUGCAGCUCUGGGCCCGGCGUCGUCCCCCUACCAGGGUCUGACUACAGGGGGCAGGAACACCCCCGACUACAGCAGGCCAGGAAGCCAGGGAUUUUCAAGCCAAACAGGAUUUUCAGAUUUCCCAAACACUUCUGGGACCCCGACACUUGGGGAGUACUCCUCCUCUGGACCACCACCUCCUGUCCCAUAUCAGUCUGAACAGACGCCUCAUCCUGGAGGAAUGGAGCACUCCCAUAAUGUCCUCCAGCAGCACGCCUCGGGUGUCCAUGGCAGUCAGAGUCUGAGCGGCGCCAGCAGCCCUCUGCAUCAGAGAAACACCGGGACCCAGAACUCUCGGCUGCAGGGCGAGGGCUCCUUCGGUCUGGGUGGACCAGGAGGAGAGGGACCUGAUCACACUCUGGAUCUCCUCCCUGAGCUCACCAACCCAGACGAGCUGCUGUCCUACCUGGGCCCCCCCGACCUCCCCAACAACAGCAACGACGACCUGCUGGCUCUGUUCGAGAACAACUGAUGUGGACUCCACCUCGGUGCCGUGGCAGCCUCCAGAUCAGAACUUCAGUUUGCCCUGCGGCCCGGUCCUGUCUGCACAGACGGUGUGUGUGAUGGACUUUUUGUUUGUCUCUUGUCUUUCUCGAGUGUCCUCUAAAGCCUGUUGAGUGCAGAGGUGCGUGACGGGAUGCUGACUGCAGCAAGCAGGAAGAGCAGAAGCACACAGGACUCUGCAGACCAGCUUCUACAGCACAAGAUCCAGUGUGGACGGGUUUGGAGGAGGGGAGAACCCAGCCCUGCUGUGGCUGCUGCACUUGGCAGCACCUGGAAGACAUGUUUGUACCUCUUGAACUUUUGAACGUUUUGUCAUGGAGCAAACACAGACAGUAAAAUAUUUCACUGGG